AGCGCGCAUCUCGCAGCUUCCUGCCGAUACCGUCGCGGACUUUUGUCGGAUCAUGGACGAGUUUCGUGCCAACGGCCGAGACUCGCCUCUGGAAGAGCCUCCGGACUUGGUGUCAUUAUCUCCACACCGCCAGCCAGCGCGCCCCGAUUGGGAGCUCCGAGGCGUCCUCUGGUCCCGGUACUGGCAGGUGUGCCGCGACUACAGCGCCACCUACAACAGUGGCGCCACCUACCGCCCGGCCGACCGUGUGUGCGGCGAGUCGGCUCACCACGGCGGCCCGCCGGCGAGCGACGGUCGGCCAGCGAUCAACGGUCGCGGCGAGGGGCUCGCCCGAUCAGCUCUCGGCGAGCGGCCCGACCUCCCGCCGCACCGGCCCCCGCGCGGCGGCAGGUCAGCGGCACGCAAACGCUCCAAGCAGCCCAACCACUGUGUGUUUUGCAAGAACAACAACGAGCUGCCGUGCGUCUACCGCAGCCACAUCCUGAAGGACGACCGGGGGCGCAUCAGCUGCCCCAUACUGCGCGUCUACACCUGCCCCACGUGCGGCGCUAACGGGGACAACGCACACACCGUCAAAUACUGCCCGCGGCGGCCGGCGGAUCUGGGCGGUCGCCAGUCCGCGCCCUCCGCGCCGCCGCCGCCGCCCCAGCGUCUCGGACGGGCCAUCACCAAACGAGGCGGACGCUGAAGGCCUCAGCGCGACACCGGACGGCGCUGAAAGGUCUCGGUGCGACACCGGACGACGUUAAACGCUGUGCCCUUUGCCACGGUGAUUUUUUAAAUAAUUGAUCGUUAGGUCGCGGGCUCAAGAGCUUGCUCGCUUGUCAGGCUGCAUUGUGCAGAACGUUACGAUGUUACGCGCGUCAUGUUCAUCUUUUUGAUAUUUGAGUCACUCAAUCACACCCAGUUUUACGUGUGCCGUUCGGUGUGCCAUUUGCCGAUGUGCUGAAUUCUUCGCUGAGAACUGGUGUGCCACAUUGUUUUCUGAAAAGUUGUACAAUAUGUCGUGGUGCCUAUGACUCUGCAGAUCAUUACGACUGCGCCUCAUGUUCAUUUUUUCAUAUUUAAAUCGCCCGAUCAUAUCGAGUUUUGUCCAAGAUUUGCAUGUUGCAAGGUGUGACAUUGCAAACAGAUGCAUAAAUAAAGAUGUUGUUGAU